AUGACAGAAGCAUCAACAAAAUUCAUAGUGGUCUUAAACUUUAUCAAUGGAUUUUCUCUUUUUUUAAUUUUUUGCUUGUUUUUGCUUUCGAUUUAAGAUUGAUCAUGGGGUACAUGGACAAUUUGGACCAAUUAUAUCACAUCAUAUGGCAGAGAUUAUAUGCUCUGUGUCCUCUCUAAAGCAUGUUACACUACAUAGAGCUGCCUUGCACAGUGACUUCUAUGCAGUUCUUGCUAAAGAAGGAAACAAGUCCAAGGUCAAGACUGUCUGGCUUAGAAAUGUUAGGUGUCCAACAACAGCCUCUUCACAUUACCUAGCAGAUGCUUUGUGUUCCAUGCCAAACCUGACUGACCUACAACUAUGGGGAAAGGAGUUCAAGGAGGAGUUCUAUUCUACACUGAAUGCAAAGGCGUCAACCUUACAGGUCCACACUGUCAGGCUUGAUGAUGUUAGGUGUCCAACAACAGCCUCUUCACAUUACCUAGCAAAUGCUUUGUGUUCCAUGCCAAACCUGACUGACCUACAACUAUGGGGAAAGGAGUUCAAGGAGGAGUUCUAUUCUACACUGAAUGCAAAGGCGUCAACCUUACAGGUUUGUAUGUGUGUUUGUACUCUAUAUCCAUGCCAUGAUGAAUUCAGGUACACAUGCAGCAGUGGAGAUGAAUUUAAGGAGUUAUGAUAUUUUAGCAACAUGCUGUCAAUAUUUUGUCAACGUGUUAAUUUUUGUAUAUGACAAUGUAUAAUAGUCUUAGCAGACAAAGGAACAGUAUUAUAAAAAGAGGGGUUUUCAUGUGCAGUGUAA